AACUUUCUUUGGUUUGCAGGUACGAUUCUGGUGGACAACAUGCUGAUAAAAGGGACUGCUGGAGGACCAGACCCCACCAUAGAACUCUCUUUAAAGGACAACGUGGAUUACUGGGUGUUAUUGGAUCCUGUUAAACAAAUGCUUUUCCUGAACAGCACAGGCAGAGUUCUGGACAGAGAUCCACCAAUGAACAUCCACUCCAUUGUGGUGCAAGUCCAAUGCAUCAACAAAAAAGUGGGCACCGUCAUCUACCAUGAAGUGAGAAUUGUGGUGAGGGAUAGGAAUGACAACUCACCCACCUUCAAACAUGAAAGCUACUAUGCCACUGUGAACGAGCUCACUCCAGUUGGCACCACAGUAUUUACAGGAUUUUCAGGAGACAAUGGAGCUACUGACAUAGAUGAUGGCCCAAAUGGACAGAUAGAAUAUGUUAUUCAAUACAAUCCAGAAGAUCCGACAUCCAAUGACACCUUUGAAAUUCCCCUUAUGUUGACUGGAAAUGUAGUGUUAAGGAAGAGACUCAAUUAUGAAGACAAGACUCGAUACUUCGUCAUCAUCCAAGCAAAUGACCGUGCACAAAAUCUGAAUGAAAGGCGGACCACCACCACCACACUCACCGUGGAUAUCCUGGAUGGAGAUGACUUAGGUCCCAUGUUUCUUCCUUGUGUCCUUGUGCCAAACACUCGAGAUUGCCGACCACUCACCUAUCAAGCUGCCAUACCUGAGCUGAGAACUCCGGAAGAACUGAACCCCAUUGUUGUUACUCCACCAAUCCAAGCCAUUGAUCAGGACCGGAAUAUUCAGCCACCAUCAGAUAGGCCCGGCAUCCUCUAUUCCAUCCUUGUUGGGACUCCUGAGGAUUACCCACGGUUUUUCCAUAUGCAUCCUAGGACUGCAGAACUUAGUCUGCUGGAGCCUGUAAACAGAGACUUUCAUCAGAAAUUUGAUUUGGUUAUUAAGGCUGAGCAAGACAAUGGCCAUCCCCUCCCUGCCUUUGCCAGUUUACACAUUGAAAUACUGGACGAGAACAACCAGAGCCCCUAUUUCACAAUGCCAAGCUAUCAAGGCUACAUCCUUGAAUCUGCCCCAGUGGGAGCAACCAUUUCUGACAAUAUAGAUUUAACCACUCCUCUAAGAAUUAUAGCUCUGGACAAAGACAUAGAAGAUACAAAAGAUCCAGAGCUUCACCUUUUUCUGAAUGAUUACACAUCAGUCUUCACUGUCACGCAGACUGGUGUCACUCGCUACCUCACCCUGCUGCAACCAGUGGACAGGGAAGAACAGCAAACUUACACAUUUUCGAUAACAGCAUUUGAUGGAGUACAAGAAAGCGAGCCAGUUAUUGUCAAUAUUCGAGUGAUGGAUGCAAAUGACAAUACUCCAACCUUCCCAGAAAUAUCCUAUGAUGUCUAUGUAUACACAGACAUGAGCGCGGGAGACAGUGUCAUACAGCUCACUGCAGUCGACGCAGAUGAAGGGUCAAAUGGGGAGAUCACAUAUGAGAUCCUGGUUGGGGCUCAGGGAGACUUCAUCAUCAAUAAAACAACAGGGCUUAUCACCAUCGCUCCGGGGGUGGAAUUGAUAGUCGGGAGGACUUAUGCGCUCACGGUCCAAGCAUUGGAUAAUGCUCCUCCUGCAGAGAGAAGGCACUCCAUCUGCACAGUGUACAUUGAAGUGCUUCCUCCAAAUAAUCAAAGCCCUCCCCGCUUUCCACAGCUGAUGUACAGCCUUGAAAUCAGUGAAGCCAUGAGGAUUGGUGCUGUUUUAUUAAAUCUACAGGCAACUGAUCGAGAGGGAGACUCAAUAACAUAUGCUAUUGAGAAUGGCGAUCCUCAGCGAGUUUUUAAUCUUUCAGAAACCACAGGGAUUCUCACCUUAGGGAAAGCACUGGACAGGGAAAGCACCGAUCGCUACAUUCUGAUUGUCACAGCUUCAGAUGGCAGGCCAGAUGGGACCUCAACUGCUACAGUAAACGUGGUAGUGACAGAUGUCAAUGACAAUGCUCCAGUGUUUGAUCCAUAUCUGCCUAGAAACUUAUCUGUGGUGGAGGAGGAAGUCAAUGCCUUUGUGGGUCAAGUAAGGGCAACAGACCCUGAUGCUGGAAUAAAUGGCCAAGUGCACUACAGUUUGGGUAACUUCAAUAAUCUUUUCCGCAUCACAUCCAAUGGGAGCAUUUACACCGCAGUGAAGCUUAACAGAGAAGUCAGGGACUACUAUGAACUUGUUGUGGUGGCAACUGAUGGAGCAGUACACCCUCGUCAUUCGACUCUAACACUGGCCAUCAAGGUUUUGGAUAUUGAUGACAAUAGUCCAGUGUUCACCAAUUCAACAUACACUGUUGUUGUGGAAGAGAAUCUGCCAGCUGGGACCACCUUCCUUAAAAUAGAGGCUAAAGAUGUUGACCUUGGAGCAAAUGUGUCAUAUCGGAUAAGAAGCCCUGAAGUGAAGCACUUUUUUGCACUACAUCCAUUUACAGGAGAGCUGUCCCUUUUGAGGAGUUUGGAUUAUGAGGCAUUUCGAGACCAGGAAGCAAGUAUCACUUUUCUGGUGGAGGCCUUUGAUAUUUAUGGAACAAUGCCUCCUGGUAUUGCUACUGUCACAGUGGUUAUAAAGGAUAUGAAUGAUUAUCCUCCUGUAUUUAGUAAACGGAUCUACAAAGGGAUGGUGGCUCCAGAUGCAGUCAAGGGUACACCUAUCACUACAGUUUAUGCUGAAGAUGGAGACCCUCCUGGGUUACCUGCAAGUCGUGUGAGAUACAGAGUAGAUGAUUUGCAGUUUCCUUAUCCUGCCAGUAUUUUUGAUGUAGAGGAAGAUUCUGGAAGAGUAAUAACUCGAGUCAAUCUUAAUGAAGAACCAACAACAAUUUUUAAGUUGGUGGUUGUUGCUUUUGAUGAUGGUGAGCCCGUGAUGUCCAGCAGUGCCACAGUGAAAAUUCUUGUCUUACAUCCUGGAGAAAUCCCACGAUUCACACAAGAGGAAUAUAGACCUCCUCCAGUAAGUGAACUUGCAGCCAGAGGAACCACAGUUGGUGUAAUUUCUGCUGCAGCCAUCAAUCAAAGCAUUGUGUAUUCUAUUGUUUCAGGAAAUGAAGAAGGUAAGUUUGGAAUCAAUAACAUCACAGGUGUCAUCUAUGUGAAUGCCCCCCUGGAUUAUGAAACAAGAACAAGUUAUGUGCUUCGAGUCCAAGCAGAUUCCCUGGAAGUGGUCCUCGCCAAUCUCCGAGUUCCUUCAAAAAGCAAUAUAGCUAAAGUAUACAUUGAGAUUCAGGAUGAAAAUAAUCAUCCCCCAGUGUUUCAGAAAAGAUUCUACAUUGGAGGAGUAUCUGAAGAUGCAAGAAUGUUUGCUUCUGUGCUCAGAGUAAAGGCUACUGAUAAAGAUACUGGUAAUUAUAGUGCUAUGGCAUACAGACUCAUAAUACCACCAAUUAAAGAGGGAAAAGAAGGGUUUGUGGUGGAAACAUACACAGAACUCAUCAAGACUGCUAUGCUCUUCCAUAAUAUGAGAUCUUACUUCAAAUUUCAAGUUAUUGCAACUGACAACUAUGGGAAGGGACUGAGUGGAAAAGCUGAUGUACUUGUCUCUGUGGUCAAUCAGCUGGAUAUGCAAGUCAUUGUUUCCAAUGUGCCACCUACUUUAGUGGAAAAAAAGAUAGAAGAUCUUACAGAGAUUUUGGAUCGCUAUGUUCAGGAUCAAAUUCCUGGUGCCAAGGUGGUGGUAGAAUCCAUUGGUGCUCGCCGGCAUGGGGAUGCCUUUUCUUUAGAAGAUUACAGCAAAUGUGACCUGACUGUCUAUGCAAUUGAUCCCCAAACCAACAGAGCCAUUGACAGAAAUGAACUUUUUAAAUUUUUGGAUGGCAAGCUGCUUGAUAUCAAUAAAGAUUUUCAACCAUAUUAUGGGGAAGGAGGGCGCAUUCUGCAGAUCCGAACUCCAGAGGCAGUGACCAGCAUUAAAAAGCGAGGAGAAAGUUUAGGAUACACAGAAGGGGCUCUGUUGGCUCUGGCCUUCAUCAUCAUCCUCUGCUGUAUUCCUGCCAUCUUGGUGGUCUUAGUCAGCUACAGACAGUUUAAAGUACGGCAAGCUGAAUGCACCAAGACAGCACGAAUUCAGUCUGCACUACCUGCAGCAAAGCCAGCAGCACCAGCUCCCACUCCAAUGGCAGCGCCUCCACCACCCCCACCACCUCCAGGGGCACAUCUCUAUGAAGAACUUGGAGACAGCGCAAUUUGGAGUUUUUGUUGGCAGCUGGUCAUAUGCAUGAGAACUUGUGCUAGUUGGCGGACUCUGACAAGGAGAGGUUAUGCACCAGAGCAACAACAACUACUGAGGCCUUCUCUUCUUAAACCAGAGGAGUUAUCCAUGGAGUCUGGAAUUGAUCCUGGCCAGGAAUAUGGACAAGAUUAUUACAGUUAUGAGCAUGGGUAUGAAAUGCCUCAAUAUGGAAGUCGACGUCGAUUGUUACCACCUGCUGGACAGGAGGAAUAUGGUGAGGUGGUUGGUGAAGCUGAGGAGGAAUAUGAGGAGGAAGAGUGGGCAAGAAAGAGAAUGAUCAAGUUAGUUGUUGAUCGAGAAUAUGAAACUAGUUCAACUGGAGAAGACAGUGCUCCGGAAUGUCAGAGAAACCGUCUUCACAAUGCUAAGAUCCACAGUAAUAUCAAUGGCAAUAUAUAUAUUGCACAGAAUGGUUCUGUGGUGAGAACCCGCCGUGCCUGCCUCACUGAUAACUUGAAAGUUACUUCCCCUGUCCGUCAGGGGAGGCACUUUAAGAAAUUAGAGAAGUUGGCAGUGACACAUGAGGAGAGUGUACCUCUGAACACGUUGUCAAGGGGGCCAUUUUCUACUGAGAAAAUGAACAAAAGACCAACGCUGGUUACCUUUGCCCCUUGCCCCGUGGUAACUGACAGUACAGCAGCAAAGUCAUUGGGGAACAGGCUGAAAAGCACAGUGGAACAGGAGUCCAUGGUUGACAAUAAAAACAUCAAGGAGACUUUGGAAUUCCAUAGUGACCACACACAGUCAGAUGAUGAAGAGCUUUGGAUGGGUCCCUGGAACAACCUCCAUAUACCAAUGACAAAACUGUGACUGAUUUUUUAAAAGUUUUUUUAAUUUUUACUUCAGUUUUUAAUGAACUAUGCUUUUUAUUGUCACUGAGAAAACAAUGUAUGGGAUUUACAUCAUGCACAAAAGCUAAAACUUUGAAUAAUAUGCUUUAAAAUUAAAAAAAUACAGAUUUGCACUCACAUUUGUAUCAAUUAAUUGUUUUUCCCAGAAAAUCUUUUUGGACAGAAUCGAUUCACUAAAAACACAUCAUUCAAACAUUUAGCUAUUUUGUUGACUUUUGAAUUAUUUUUCAUUUUAAUAAACACAUAAUUUACUAAGUAAUCAUAUUUUGUUAAUUAACACAAAUUGUGCUUCAUUUCUAACUUCACAACACAUUUUUCAGUACAUAUAAUUUUAUUUUCUAUAGGCAAAUGGGGAAAAUAUUAGAGGAUUUUUGUAGGUAACAGGUUUGUACAAUUGUUGUCUAUAUUAUCCCGUUUUUAUUUUUUAAAGGAAAGUAGUAAAGGUGAAAAUCACCUGUAAAUUAUUCUGAAUCAUGGUUUACUUUUCUUAUUAUCCAUUUUAAAGUUUUACAGAUUUUUACACACACACACACACACACACACACACACACACACACAUACACACAUAUACAACUUUGAAGAAACAUGGAACACUCCAGGUCAUGUCUUUUUUAAAAAAUUUAAUUUACAAUUUUACUUUGUUCCCCCUAAAAAUACAUUAUCCAUAUUAUACUUUGUAGAUCAUUUGGUUUAGCUACCGGAAAUUAAAUAAUUGGAGCAACAAAACAGUCUCUCAUCCUCAGUAAAAGCUUACUGAGAAGUGGCAAAGGUCAAAUAGGCAAUAUUGCAUCUAGAACCACAAUUUCAGUGUGGAAGUCAUGGUAAGGCCAGAAAAGUCUCACAUUAAUGUCACUGGACAUGAAUAUUUUAUGAACCCAGCAGAAAAGAAUUUGGCAGAGUCGCAAAUUUAUAUAAUAUGUGAAAUGCCUACAAAGGCUAUAAAUCCAUAACUUCAAAUGCAUUAUUAUAUUUAACUUCUCCCAGCUCUGGUUUAUUUAUAGACUAUUUUGAUUCACAUAUUUAUGUGCCUGUAUUUCAGAGCCAGAAAAUGAUUGCCUGGGCAUUUUUUUUAAAUCAAAGAAAAGUUGUUCAUUUUUCACCACUGAACAAAGCACAGAGUUUUACCAUUAAUAGAAACUACAAUAAAUUAUUCUUUUAGAAAAACUUGCCUUGUGUGUUGCAUACCCUCCAGAUGUAGAAAGAUGAAAUAAUAUAGUUUAAGAGAAUUCAGAAUUCUAUUGACUAUGACUUAGUAUGAUAGAGAUAUAGCUCACCUCAAAUUUUGCACAGAUUUCAUUUACAUUACUUCAUGCAUGCUUAGUGUAUGGUUGAAGGAUUGAAUAAUGCAUUAUUAUUUAUACCCCUCUUACAUUUUUUCACACUUUAAAAUACAAUUUCCUUAUUUCCAAAGUGUAUUACAUAAAUGUGCCAACAUAUUUUACUAGUAUGCUUUCAUUUCAGAUUUUCAAAAGUAUUUGAAGACAAAUACAAUAAUAUCUCAUUUAUCUAAUUUAAUUGGAAAUCAAUGCAUUUUUACACCCUUGUUAGAAAAACUAUAAACAUUAAUAGAAGCUUGUUAGAAAUAUAGAAUCAUGCCCCCACCCCAGGCCUCUCAAACAAGAAUCCACAUUUUCACAAGAUCCUAAGGUGAUUUGAAUGCACAUUGAAUUUUGUGAACCAAUGAUCUGUACUAUUGAACUCCAGGGCUUACUUGUUCAAUCACCAAAACAAUUGUUUUUACUAUAAAAUAGUUUAUGUAGAAGUUAGAUUAAGCAUAUCUUGUCUCCCUAUGAGCCCAAUCAGAUCACUGAAUAUAACUUAGUAUUUUUUGUUUUCUGUUCCAAGGUCAUCUCAACCAGUAUUCCAAAUAUUCUCUCCAUAUAGCUUUACAUAUUUUUUCCUUCAAAUUUUGGCUAUAAAAUUUAACUUGUUGCUAUUCUUUUCUCAAAAAUUUUCUUCUAGUUGCAAUUUCUAAUAUACUGGUGGGAGAGAUUGUGUUUUAUUCUUGUUUACUGUUAUUUAAAAAUUUAUUAAGUCUGAUAUAGGGAUAAGGUAUGUAGAUUUGGGCAAAAGCUGUGUGAUUCUCAGAAGCAUUCUUUGAUCACUGUUGGAAUCUGGACAUUGUUCUGGAAAUAUGAUGUUGGUAGAAGACUAAUAUCCUGACAAAUGAGAUGCCAUUGUAUUUUCUGGCAUACUUUUUACAAGAAAAUAGGCAAAUAUUAUAAGCUAUUUAAUCAUAAAUAUUUCAACACUUUUGAAAUGAUCGUUUUAGUAAAAUUGAUCAUGAAGUUAAUCUAUACCUUACUGGAGAUAGUGCAAAAAUAAACAGUAUUUACCCAGAUCAACCAAAUAAAAUAUUUGGUCAGUAUAUUUGGGGGAAAGGAUGGAGGGCAGCGAAAUUAAUACUAACUAAAUAAAUCUGGACCAUUUGAAUAGUUACUUUGAUAAAACUCUCACUAUUUUAUAAAUCCUUGACUCAGGAUUAAAAUUGUGGAACACAGGGGAAAUUAUCAAGUAUGUUUAAUCUUAAGAAUAAUUCAUAUAAAUGACCUUUCUAUGUAAAUAUUUAUAAGGAAAUUUAUGGUUAUUUUUCCUAGAAGGGCAUAGGAAUUCAUUUUAGUUUUAAUCAGCCCAGCUUUCAAUAAUGCAAAAGAAAUAGCAGAUCAUCACUGAUGAGAGUAGACUGAUAUAAGAACAAUAUUGCUAAAACCAUUGAUUUCAGGAGGUCUUAUGGGCAUUAAAGAAUAGGUGAGGAAGAAGGAGUAUAUCUUAUCAAGGUGACACAGUCAUUUGUCACACAAUAACCAUCAAGUCAUAUUUGUUGACCUUGUUUCUAGACUUAUCUUUUCUAUUAAUUAAUAUUCCUGACAGCUGUCAUAGAAUUGCAACUAUAGGUUGGCCAAAAGCAUCUUUGUUGAAUACAUGAAAAAAGUUUGCCUUGAAUUUUAUGUUAUAUGUUGCUCAUGUUAUUAAACCAAAUUGUAACAGGGAUGUUAAAUCAUGUUACUUACCAUAAGUAGGUUCUUCCAGAUGGUCAUGGUGGUUACUAUUAAAGAACUGUUAAUAACAUUUAUGUAUUGUAGAGUCAGAAAUAAUUGACUAUUGAUUCUUGAAGGAAGAUACUUUUUUCUGUUAUUUCAUAAUUCUUGCUUUUUCUCUUGUUCUUCUUCAUUCAAAGUCUGCACUUUAUACCAUAAGUGGGUCUUAUAUACCACUUCAAUUAGCUAAGUAAAAUAGGCAGAAAGUGCUAAUAAUCUAUUCUCAGGGCAGAUGCCUAUAGGUGCCUGCAAAUAACACAACGAUAAGGCCGAGGGAUAGGUUCAAAAUAGUAUUGAGGACCUCUAUUUUUAUUGAUAAUGUCUCCCUAUUUUCAAAUGAUAUGUGAAUUUGUUUUACCUUUUAAUUGUGUUUUUUCAUUAAUUGGCCUUGAUCUUUAUAAUCACAAUCUUUCGUUUUGGAUUGGUACUUUUUUUCAUUAUAACCGAUUUUAAGUUUAUGGUAAGUUAAGCACAUGUAUGAAAGAAUUGAACAUUGUCUAUAGUUUGAAAAAUUAUUAGCCUACCCACUGCUUCCUCAAUUUCUUUAUCUAAACACCGGUUCUUCCUUAACAAAUAUUAUGUUAUUACAUAAAGAAUAUGGAUUAGAAAGUUUAAGUUAAAAAUGCAUUACACAAUGUUUCAAAAAUAAAUUUGCAUUUGAAAAAAAUGAUUCCUCAUUAUUGUGUCAGAUGGAUAAAAUCAGUAACCAUUGUUUUGUGUUUCAGUUUCACAAUAAAAAGAAAAGCCUUCUCUGUA